AUGCCAUCGCAAAGUGCUAGUUCAAAUAAUCAAACUACUACAUCAUCUCUACCAGGAAUGAGUAUUAUUGGUAAUACAUCAAAGAAGAUAAAGGAUAAUUAUCAAGUUAUUUCUAAAAUCGGUGAAGGUAUAUCAGGAUCUGUUUUUAAAGCCAUUAAAAAAGAUACUGAAGAAUUGGUCGCUCUAAAAAACUUUAAGGGUUGGAGCGAAAACGAUAGAGCCUCAAAAGAAGAAUGCACAUUAUUACUUCAAUUAAAGCACAUUCCAUAUAUAACACCAAUUAUUGAUAUCUAUACAAACUACGAAACCAGCGAAUAUGUCAUCGUUUUCCCUUAUUUCGAACAUGAUUUAUCUGGUCUUUUAAGUGAACAUAGACUUUCAAUUCCUCAAGUUAAAUGUUAUUUCAAACAAUUAUUAGAAGGUAUAAAUGAAAUUCAUAAGAAUGGUGUUAUGCAUCGUGAUAUUAAAGCUGCAAAUUUACUUGUAAAUAAUAAAGGUUCAUUGUUUAUUGGUGAUUUAGGUACUGCUACAUCUUUUGUAAAAAGAUCAGUUUUCUCAAGUAAAGUUGUUACCUUAUGGUAUAGAGCACCAGAGUUAUUACUUGGUGCCACUCAAUAUGGUCCAGAAGUUGAUAUGUGGUCUAUUGGUUGCGUAUUAAUCGAAUUAGUAACUUCACGUAACUUUUUACCAGGUUCAUCAGAACAACAACAACUCGAAGCUAUUUGUAAAUUAUGUGGUACUCCAACCGAAGAUAUUUGGGAAAAUGUUUCACAUUUACCAAACUAUAAUCAAAUUUCACAUUUACCAGUUUACCCAAAUAGAUUAAAAACUGUAUUUAAAAACUUUACACAAGAUUUUAUUGAUUUAUUAGAAGGUUUAUUAACAUUAAAUCCAAAGAAAAGAUUAACAGCAGAACAAGCUUUACAAUCACCAUUUUUCACCAAUUCCCCAUUACCAUUUAAACCAGAAAAUAUGCCAGGCUACCAGCCAAUUCAUGUUUUAGAAGCUGUACAAAAAAGAAUGCAACAACAAGAAGUUGAAGCCAAGAAACAAGAAGAAUUAAAGAAACAACAAGAAGAGCAAAAGAAACAAGAAGACUUAAAAAGACAAGAAGAACAAAAGAAACAAGAAGAGUUAAAAAGACAAAGACUAAAGAAACAAAAAGAAGAACAAAGACAAAAAGAACUUUUAAGAAAACAACAAGAAGAAGAAAUGAAAAUAAAAUUAGAAAAUGAAAAAAUUAGACAAGAACAAGAAAAAAUAAAACAACAACAACUUGAACAAGAAAGAAUAAAACAAGAGCAAUUACAAAAAGAACAACAAUUAAAAGAACAACAACAACAAUUAAACAACAGAAAUUAUUUAAAAAGAUCUUUGGAUUUGGUUCAUGAUAUUAGAAACUAUUGCACUAGUGAAACCGAAAGUGAAUAUGAAAGUGAAGAAGAAGAAGAUCAAGAAGAUGAAUUUUACACUGAAGAAGAGGUCGAAGACUUUUCAAGCGAUGAAGAUGAAGAUUAUUAUACCCAUACCAGUCUUUACACUCCAAUUAAAGCCAUGAUCCAACAACACAACCAACAACAACAACAACAAGAUUCAGUCUCUUUAAAUCCAUUCCUUCAACCACCAAAGAAACAAAGAACCACUUCAUCAUCUAGUUUCAAUAAUUUAUCAGCCCCACUCAUCAUUCACUAA